ACCCCCAGCGGACCCCCACACCUGGUGAGGCCGGCGGGCUCCGACUGUCUGGAGCGUAGCCUCCUCGUUGCUGGGGUUGUUGCUGCCAGUCACUGUUACUAUUCUUCCAUCGUAUUCAUCAAUAGUUUACAUUUUACUAAAAGUAUAUAUUUAUAUGAGAGUAUCUCAAACGUCUCUUUAUGUGAGAUAACAAAGUAUUGUAAUUUCCAUGGGUUUAAAGCGCAGAACACAUACAGUAGGCCUACGUAUAGUGAUUUACUGAUCUGCAUGCUCUGUAGGGAUGUGGAUAAACCCACCUUGACGAGUCUGUUGACGUGUAUGUUAACAUUUCUGUUGAACUGGAGUAGGUAGAAGGGUUCAGUUCUCGACCAGAUCAUCCCAAUAAUCCAGCGUACUUCGUACGAUCAGUAUUGGGGUCGUGAACGUUGGCCUGAACCUCUUCCUGUUCAGAGCACGACAUCCUGCUCCGUCCGGGUUGGAGAGGACCCACGUGUUGUUCAGGGGGACGGGGACGAACUCGCUACCUCACAGGACGGCUGCUCUGUGGGGGUGGAGUUGGGGAGGACAUCAGACAGAACCAGCUGAGCACGACGUGGUAAGGCUCUUCAGCUGCAUCUGGAUGACACAGCUCGUUCUGCCAGGACAGCUUCAGCAUCAGGAGCAUCUGUUGUCUUCUGGAGUGUUUCCUCCUGCUGUUGAGGUUCUAAGUCCUGCUCUGAGUUUCAACAUGAGGAAGAUUUACAUCCCAGGUCCAUCCGAGCCAUGAGUUCAUCCCCAGCUCUACAGAGAUGUCCCUGGAGAGGUCCUGGAGGGAGUCAGGACCAGUUCAGGAUUAAUGGGAUACUCUCAUUACCCAGGACCCAGAUCUGGUUUAAACCGGCCUGCAGUAGCAGAUCAGAGAGCAGGUACACUCGUAUGAUAACUCAGAGUAAAGCUCUGUUUGCUCUGCCCCCCUUACCCUGCAGGCCUCCAUUAGGUCCUCACCACCCCCCCUUUAGCCUACAGGCCUCCAUCAGGUCCUCACUGCUCCCCCUGGUGCUGACGGAGUCUCUACCUACAGCGCACAAAGUGGUCUAAUCAACAGGGAUGUGUGUGUGUGUGUGUGUGUGUGUGUGUGUGUGUGUGUGUGUGUGUGUGUGUGUGUGUGUGUGUGUGUGUGUGUGAGUGUGUGUGUGAGUGUGAGUGUGAUGUGUGUAUGUAUUCAUUACCUCACGUAAGCGAUGCUGAUCAAUGCCCAAACAGAUAAACAACAUGCAUUUGAUUCUAGUUGUUGUGCGGUGGCCUGUAGUUUGUGCGUUGGUUGCCUGUAGUUUGUGCGUUGGUUGCCCGUAGUUUGUGCGUUGGUUGCCCGUAGUUUGUGCGCUGGUUGCCUGUAGUUUGUGUAUUCAUGCAGAACAACAACAGGCCGGAACACAUGGAGAAAACAAACAGCUUUUCCAUUCGAGUAUUUUAGAUCAUUGAGCAUCAUUUCUGAACAGACCCUUGUAGCCGGUGUGUCGCAGGGAGUUCAUUUGAUUGAGUUGAUAAAACAGCGAAAAGGACGCUGGGUUCAGCGUCAUCCAGUGAUGAGACAGGGCAGGGCAGAGAGGAGACUGCAGCAGAGCGCAGUGACCGCCUUCGGCCACUGGGGGAUGAUCGCACUCCGUCUGCGCUGCGGUGCAUCCAGAUCUUCAGUCUGCCGAGGGUCUUCAUCACGCACAAUAGAAGAAAAGGAAGGGUGUGUGUGCGUAUAGGUAGGGCCAGACAUAUGUGUGAUGCUCCGACCCACCGCGGGCUAUUCCAUAAGCGGGGAUAAACUUUUAUCCAUCCUUUUGUUUUCCUGGGCGGAGCGGUCGAUGGCAUCUCGCUGCACACCUGCCCGCUCGGAGGGAUCGAUGCAGCGGUGCAUGUGUCUGCGGUAAGGGGGAAGAGAUCCUGUUGAAUCGAGAGGAGAGAGGACGUCGAGACGCCGCCAAAAGUGUCAUCGUGGAGUGCGUCAGAGCACGGAUGUGGAGUUGAUAUGUUAGCCGGCUGCCUGCGACGAGGGAUUUUAAUAUUCCCAAAACAAGACGUACAUUUGGGCAAAGCGAAGAGCUGCAUCCUCCCCUACCUCCAGCUCAUCUUCGUAGGGGGCUGAGAGCCUCCUCGGCCCUGUAACCAGCUUUAAUCGGAGGAGGAAUAAAGUCCUUCCGAAUCCCUGGAGGUGAAGAUAACAGAUCGGAUUUUCUCCACCCCUAAAAUGGCAUCCAGGACUCCGGAGCCGCCACACAAAACCUGAGAACGGCUCCGAGAACGGCUCUGAGAACGGCUCUGCAGAGAACGGCUCUGAGAACGGCUCUGAGCUCAGCGUCUGACUGAACCACCUGAUGGGAACCGGAGGCUGAGCAGCCUUCUCACUGACGGCCUGUUGAUCCGACCAGUUAGGGACUAGGAGGAUAAAGCCCCCCCCCCCAGUAUAACACCUGACGGAGCUGGACGACACCACCCACCCUGUUGAGUGAUGCUCGUGACGUCAUAGACAUCGAGGCCUGGACCCUACUUAUCAUCCGGUCUCGUGUCAUGUUCCAGAUACCAUGGACCUUGCCACUCAGCGUCCCCUCCACUGAACCAUCAGCCCGGUGAGGUCGACUCCCCGGGGCGUUGAUGUCUGACGCGCCCCGCGUGCGUCCCGCUCAGCCUCAACUCUCCCCCCGGUUCCUCCUCCGUCGCGCGCAAGCCACUUUCUCCCGCUGAGCGCGCGGACCCCCCACGGGGCAGCAUGGAGUUCGCCAUGAUCAGCGCGGACAACGGCUGCAACAGUCGCCUGCCGUACGGGUACGCGCAGCAGUCGCGCGCCCGGGAGAGGGCGCGCGAGGUGGAGCGCCAGUCGCGCGCGGCGGCAGCGGCGGCGGCGGAGGGUGACGCCGUUGGGGAGGGAGGGGGAGGCGGGGGUGGAGGGGGGGGUCACCCGUCUCAUGCCGCCUCCUCCUCGUCCAACGCCAACAACAGCAGCGGCGGCGGCCCCGCCUCGUGCCACGCCCCCUCAUGCGCUUCGCCCCCCCAGCAGCGGCACGAGCAGCACGCGCUCAGAGCGCGGAAGAGGCGACGCGGCGGUGGCGCGGGACGCUGGAGGAGGAACCGCGCGAGCCUCGGAGGGGACCUGCGCCACUCGGAGCUCGCGCUGCUGGGGUCCGGGGACGACGGCAUGAUAGAGGAGGAGGAGGGCGAGGGGGAGGAGGAGGAGGAGGAGGGGGAGGAGGAGGAGGAGGAGGACCACAGGGGGGGCAGCACGAGGGCGAGUCUCCUGCGCGCCAUGGAGGAGGAUGGAGAGGAGACGGACCGCCGGCCGCAGUCCGGCUACGAGCCCGCGUACGGCGACGGCUACGGCUGCUGUGAGCGUGUGGUGAUCAACGUGUCAGGGCUGAGGUUCGAGACCCAGAUGAAGACGCUGCUCCGGUUCCCGGACACCCUGCUUGGCGACGCGGAGCGCCGCGUGCGCUACUUCGACCCGCUGCGCAACGAGUACUUCUUCGACCGGAACCGGCCGAGCUUCGACGCAAUCCUAUACUACUACCAGUCGGGUGGGAGGUUGAAAAGACCCGCCAACGUGCCGUUCGACAUCUUCUCGGAGGAGGUGAAGUUCUACGAGCUGGGCGACGAGGCCGUGUUGAAGUUCCGCGAGGACGAGGGCUUCGUGAAGGAGGAGGAGAAGCCUCUCCCGGAGGACGAGUUCAAGCGGCAGAUCUGGCUGCUGUUCGAGUACCCGGAGAGCUCGAGCCCCGCGCGCGGCAUCGCCGUGGUGUCCGUGCUGGUCAUCGUCAUCUCCAUCGUCAUCUUCUGCCUCGAGACGCUGCCCGAGUUCCGGGACGAGAAGGAGUACCUGCAGCCGCGCGGGAACCUGAGCCAUGCGCAGCCGGACAACGGGGGCUUCACGCCGUUCAACGACCCCUUCUUCCUCGUGGAGACCGUCUGCAUCAUCUGGUUCUCCUUCGAGUUCGUGGUGCGUUUCUUCGCGAGCCCCAGCAAGGCGGACUUCUUCAAGAACAUCAUGAACUCCAUCGACGUGGUCUCCAUCCUGCCCUACUUCAUCACGCUGGGCACGGACCUCGCGCAGCAGCACGGGGGCGGCGGCCAGCAGGCCAUGAGCUUCGCCAUCCUCAGGAUCAUCCGCCUGGUGAGGGUGUUCCGCAUCUUCAAGCUCUCCCGCCACUCCAAGGGGCUGCAGAUCCUGGGCCACACGCUGCGCGCUAGCAUGCGCGAGCUGGCGCUGCUCAUCUUCUUCCUGGUGAUCGGCGUCAUCCUCUUCUCGAGCGCCGUGUACUUCGCUGAGGCGGACGAGCCCUCCUCGCAGUUCACCAGCAUCCCCGACGCCUUCUGGUGGGCCGUGGUCACCAUGACGACGGUGGGCUACGGCGACAUGAAGCCCAUCACCGUCGGCGGGAAGAUCGUGGGCUCGCUUUGCGCCAUCGCCGGCGUGCUGACCAUCGCGCUUCCGGUGCCGGUGAUCGUGUCCAACUUCAACUACUUCUACCACCGGGAGACGGACAACCAGGAGGAGCAGCCCCCCGCGGUGGCGGAGAGCCUGCCCCCCGGGUGCCCCUACUGCCCCGACCUGCUGCGGAGGUUCAGGGGCUCUCCGUCCGGCUCCUCGCUGGGCGACAAGGCGGAGUACAUGGAGAUGGAGGAGGGGGUGACGGAGUCGCUGUGCGGGCUGGACAAGAGCCCGAGCAAGGGGAACGGGACCGAGAUCAACCGGAAGAACAGCAGCUCCAAGUCGGUUCAGACUGACGUGUGAUGAUAACAGAGAUUACUUUAUAAGACCUGUGUGCGCUACACAGUGAGGGCCCUGAAGCGUAAAGUUGGACUCGUGCGUCGAGAUCACUGCAGAAGGCGAAGCGCGCAUGAUACCUAGAACACACACACACACACACACACACACACACACACACACACACACACACACACACACACACACACACACACACACACACACACACACACACACACACACACACACACACACACACACACACACACAA